AAAGUGUUUAUUAAAUGAGGAAAAAUAUUAUUUGAAAAUUAACUCCGAAUACCAAUGAAAUCAUUACAAGAAAAAAAAAAAAGAAAAAAAAAAGGAAAUAUAAUAAUGAAGAAAAAAGGAAAAAGAAAAAAGAAAAAAAAAAAAGGCAAUAUAAUAAUGACAAAAAUAAAUCGGUUACCAGUGGCGGGUUCCACGAGCCUGAGGUUGCUCUGUUUCUGCUCUGCUUCUUCUUCCUCUUCUUCUUCUUCUUCUUCUUCAUUCAAUUCAAUUUCUCUGAAACACAGACAAGCAAACAGCCGAGUAGACCGAGAAAGAAGAAGACCCAAUGGACAAAUUUUGCUCGGAUCUCCACCUUCACGCAUUCCAAUAAUUUGGGAUUCUGUAAUUAAUCCCUACUACUACUAUUCCUCCUUCCAUUUCUCUCUCUUUCUCUGAUUCUGUGCUCCUCGCAUGGACGGCUAUUACGCGUCCUCAUCGAUCUCAACGGUCAGUUGUUCUUCCUUCUUCCACCUCUGCGUGGUUUCCCUCCCUUUCCAUGGCGCUUCUUUUUUAGCUCUUCAGUUCGUAUUUGGAGAUUUGAUGUGUAAUGUGUGUGAAUCGGAGGUCGGAGUUUUUGUAUGAACUGCUGCUUCAUUCUGUUUUUCUUCGAUUGAUUUCUGAAAUUUGCUGUUCUUGUCCAGUAGAUUAUUUCUGGAUCUGGAGUGGUUGUUGAUGUUGUUCAUGAUGCUUCUUCGCCGUCGAUUUGGAAUCGGAUGGAUAUGGCGGCGGCCAUGAUUAGGAGGGGAGGUUAUGCUGGUGUUGUACUAUGGUGGUAUUGGCUUAGGGUUUUGCAGUGGUUUUUGUUACCAUGGGGUGUGGUGGAUCCAAGGUGGAGGAGCUUCAAUUGGUGACUCUUUGUAGAGAGCGUAAGGAGUUCAUCAAAGCUGCGUCUCGCCAUCGUUACGCUCUUGCUGCAGCUCAUGUCACGUAUUUUGAAUCUCUCAAAGACAUUGGCGAAGCCAUAAGGAAAUUUGUUGACGAAGAGAUUGUGAUCUCUGGUGCUGAUUCUUCCUCCUCCUCCCAUGGUUCUCCUGUUCUUACACUGCCAUCUGAUGAAGGUAAAGGGAAGAAGAAGAAGAGGAGGAAGAAGAAGAAGACGCCAGAAUCCGGCGAGAAACACAUAAACUCGUCUUCGUCCUCCUCGAUUUUACAUUCUGUUUCGGUUUCGGACGAGAUCGAUUGCUCUCACUUGCAUUUGUCAUCUGGAUCGGAUUCUGAAUCUGAACACAAUGCUUCCGGUCAUAUUCAUCUUGAAGAUAGUCCAGUGGUACUACCAGAUCAAGGUUAUAGCCAUCCUCCUCCUCCUCCUUAUGUUUAUCCGCCUGAUUGGAGUUCUCCGACGAAUACAUUCGCCUAUUAUAUGCAGCGGUCAACCACUCCAGGCACGACGGUGAUGUACGAUGGACCGGAAACUCAUACAGCUUCAGAUGGGCAGUGGCCUGAUCCUUCUCACAGUUAUUCGCCAUAUCCGCCAUAUCCGCAGUAUGGAAAUGGAGGGUUCUAUGGGUUUUCAAUGGGUUCACAACCUGAUUAUAACCUGUAUAAUCAGCAACCGAGGCGCCCUGCUACUCCGCCGCCUCCUCCUUCUCCGCCGCAGGUCUCUACUUGGGAAUUCAUGAAUGUUUUUGAUGGCUAUGAUAAUGGGUACCGGGAUUAUAAUUCAGGGAAUACAUAUGGGUAUGGUUCAACUCAGAGCAGUCCUGAUUCCAAUGAAGUGAGGGAGAGAGAAGGGAUACCUGAAUUGGAAGAUGAAACGGAGCCUGAAGCUCUGAAAGAACUUAAAGAGAGGAAGAAAUUGAAUAUGGAGACAAUGAGAAAGAACACAAAUUCAGGGGAGGGGACUUCUAAGUUUGUUCCGCCUCAGAGUAGUGAGGGCAGCUCAAAAUCAGUGCCAUUGCCAAAUUGUGGUAGCUCACCGGUAUCUAAGGAGAAAGGAAUGGAUAACAGUCCUGAUACAAUUGUGUCGAGGAGAUCGGAACAGGAGGAGCCAGUGGAGACGAAAGAGGUGAGUUUCGAGAUUGAGGAGACUUCGACCUUAGAUGUUGAAUCUUCUAAGAAAAGUAAUUUGGCGACAUUUGCUGCGUUCGGAACGAGGGAUCUUCAGGAAGUUGUAAAUGAAAUCAAGGAUGAAUUUGAAGCUGCUUCUAGCUAUGGGAAAGAGGUAUCAAUGUUGCUUGAAGUUGGGAGAUUGCCUUAUCGGUCUAAGCUCACUGCACUUAAAGUUAUGCUUUCUCGGAUUCAGUACUCGGUGGCUCGUUCCUCGGCAUCUUCUCAGCCGCCAUUGAUUUCGUUGGACCCUAAGACGCUGAAAAUGGCGAAAGCAUACACUGGAGAUGGCAGUCCUGGCAAUGAGUUUGAGUUGAAAUAUGGAAGCCUUUCAUCUACGUUGGAGAAGCUUUAUGUAUGGGAGAAGAAACUGUACAAAGAAGUUAAGGAUGAAGAAAGGUUACGUGUUGAUUAUGAAAAACUGUGCAAGAAGUUGAAAAGGUUAGAUGACCAUGGAGCUGAUACCACUAAAAUUGAUGCUACUCAUGCAUCGAUUAGGAAGAUAUUAACCAAGAUCGACAUAUGUAUCAAAGCUGCUGAUGCUAUAUCAAGCAGGAUACAUAGGUUGCGGGAAGAAGAAUUGCAGCCUCAACUAUCUGAGCUGAUUCAUGGGUGGAUAAAAAUGUGGCGAUCUAUUCUCAAAUGCCACCAGAAACAAUUUCAAGCAGUGAUGGAGAGCAAGAUUCGGUCACUAAAAGCUAGAACAGGAUCUAGAAGAGAUGAGAGUUUGAAAGCUACAGUGGAUCUUGAAAUGGAACUUGUCAACUGGUGUGCUAGAUUUAACGAUUGGAUUCGUACCCAAAAAGCUUAUGUCGAAUCGUUAAAUGGAUGGCUCCUACGAUGCCUUAACAAUGAGCCUGAAGAAACUGCUGAUGGUAUUGCUCCUUUUUCACCAGGUCGGAUGGGAGCUCCACCGAUUUUCAUUAUUUGCAAUGAUUGGCACCAAGCUAUGCUGGAAAUUUCAGAAGACAAGGUGGUUGGUGCCAUUCAUGGUUUUGCUUUAAACUUGCAUGAGUUAUGGGAAAGGCAAGAUGAGGAACAACGUCAGAGGAUCAAAGCUAAUUUCCUUUACAAGGAUUUUGAAGAACACCUUAGAACCUUAAGAAUGGAGAGAGCUAUGUUGAAAUCUGACCAAGAUGAGGCAUCAGGAGGAACUGUAGUCUCAAAAAUUCCUUCUGAAGGUGAAGUUUCUCAACCGGAUGAUCUGAAAGUUAAUUUGGAUUCACUGAGGAAGAAGUUAUACGACGAGAGAGUAAAACACAAGGAUUCCAUUAAACUGGUUCACAAUGCUGCUUCAAAUAGCAUACAGGCCGGCCUGGUUCCCAUCUUUGAGGCAUUGGAAAAGUUCAGUUCCGAGGUUACGAAAGCACACGAGCAAGUCAGGCUUCAAAACUCUUAGAUGCUAGUACCUGUAAUACAGCUAGGCUCCGAGUACCCUUUCGGGUUUGUAUGAUGCAGUACACGGCCUACUACAUGUUUUCACACCGGCAGCGUGCUAUUGGCGGAUCGGGAGAUGCACUCCAACAUACUACAUACCGACACUUACAAAUCCUGGUAGGCGUGUAUUUAAGAAUCCUUCCUUUCAUGAUGUACAUAUAUAAGCCAAUGAGAUCACCUGGUGUAUGUAAAUUAUUAGGCUAGCAGAAGGAAACCAUGGAAAAGGAUUAGAAACACUGAGAUACUAGAAAAAAAAUGAAGAGAAGCUAGAAGUUAGAGGUGAAAUUUUUGGAAUUGGAAGUUGAAUUAUAAUUUAGAAGAGAGGGAUCUUUCAAGGGCUAAAGAGAACCUGGAUUUUAGAGGUCUGUGAUAUUGUGAUAUUGAUGAUGAUGGUGGUCAUUGAUGUGGGCUUGGAGAGCUGUGAAGAUGGUGCAGAUUUUGAAAAUUUUGGCUUUGCUUUUCUUAGAGAGCUAGCAUUAGCACCCUCCUCAUUUAGAUGAAUAGGAACAAGAAUGUUGUAUAGAAAUUCAUUUAUUGGUGCAUUUGUUGCUAUUUACAUUAGCUCCUACAGUCUCUAGAUGGAAGAACUAUCCCAAAUUUUGAUCA